ACGUAUAAAUGUGGUUUAUGUAACUGUAACGUUAUACUUUGAUAUCGGUUAACUUCUGCAAUGUGAGGCAAACAAUUUGGCCAUGUUAAACUAAUUGGGCACGUAUUUACUUCAUAAUCUAAUUUUAGCCAUCUCUGGUUAGCAGCAGGUAGAUUAGCUGCGGCUAUCCUACAACUGGUUGUUUCCGAAAUCGCAUACUGUACACACUGCUCGUAUACGAUCAGGGCAAAGCACCAUGAGCGACAGCGACGAUGAUGUCCCUCAGCUGUCUGCGGCCACACUGGCGGCUCUGCAGGAGUUCUACGAUGACCAGAAGAUGGGCCAGGGACAGGCCACAGACAUCUACGCGGUCGGGGCUGUGGAGGAGGACUGGGGAAUGAGCCAGUUUUGGUAUAAUGAAGAGACAGCUACGCGGCUUGCAGAGGAGGCCAUACAGCAGGCUGGCAAAGGGGGCAGGAUAGCAUGCCUCAGCUGCCCAAGCGUGUACCAGCGGCUGAAAAAGAACGACCUGGAGGGCAUCAACGAUGUGACUGCUGUUGUGCUGGAAUACGACCGCCGGUUCGCGGUGUACGGUGACGAGUUCGUCUUCUACGACUACAACAACCCACUCAGCCUACCGGAGAGCAUCAGUCCACAAAGCUUUGACUUUGUCCUCGCCGAUCCACCCUACCUGUCGGAGGAGUGCCUCAGUAAGGUGGCCAUCACGGUCAAGUUCUUGACCAAGGGAAAGACCCUGCUCUGCACAGGAGCCAUCAUGGAGGAGCAUGCAAAGAAACUCAUGGCUCUGAAGAUGUGUAACUUCCUGCCCAAGCACAGCCAUAACCUGGCCAAUGAAUUCCGCUGCUACACCAACUACGAGUCGACGCUCCUCUCGUAACACCAGCCACCCACAUCACCAGACUUUUCAGCUGCUCUGACAGAACUGUCAGUGACUGAGACAUGACAAGUUGUGCCUAUGAGAUGUAGGGUCGGGUGGCAAACCUAUUGACUAAUCAAUCAGGUUUACCCUCAGAACUAAUGUAAAUGUAUAUAUAUUUUUUUAAAUGUCAAGGACUCUAGAAUAAAGAUAUUCCAUGCUAAA